UGGUUCCGGCGACUACCCUCCCCAGGCUUGCGUGCUGGUUGUCGGCGGGAGAUUGGGUCUCGCGAUGUGCGUGUGCGUGUGCGUGCGCGGUCCUUGCGAGCUCGCGCACGCCUCCCCUCGCAGUACUGGGCUGUGGCGGCCUCUUCCUCUUGCGUUUGGGGCAGGACCCUGAGCGGCUGCCGCGGCGAGAGCUGAGAGUCAGCAUCCACUUCGCCGCCACCGCCCUCGCUGCCUGCCUCUCUGACUUGGGCUCUUCGCGCGGUGCCGAGGCGACGAGCUGGGAGGGGAGCGGCGCCGGCGUGAGGUUCCCAGCUGAUGGGCAGCCCCUGGGCGCGCUGAGGGGCCGGGCUACCAGCGGCUGAGAAAAUGAUGCAUCCUGUUGCCAGCAGUAAUCCGGCUUUCUGUGGGCCUGGCAAGCCUUCCUGCCUCAAUGAAGAUGCCAUGAGAGCUGCUGAUCAGUUUGACCUAUAUUCCUCCCAGCAGAGCAAAUAUAGCCACACAGUCAGCCACAAACCAAUGGCUUGUCAGAGGCAAGACCCAUUAAAUGAAACACACUUGCAGACUACAAGUAGCAGAAGUCUAGAGAUAAAAGACGAACUAAAGAAAAAGAAAAAUCUCAACCGAUCCGGUAAACGUGGCCGACCUUCAGGAACCACCAAAUCCGCAGGAUACCGUACCAGCACAGGCCGACCCCUGGGAACCACCAAAGCAGCUGGAUUUAAGACAAGUCCAGGCAGACCUUUGGGUACAACUAAAGCUGCGGGAUACAAAGUCAGUCCAGGGAGACCUCCAGGUAGCAUUAAAGCUCUAUCCCGUCUCGCCGAUCUUGGUUAUGGCUGUGGCACCGCUGCUUUUCCUUACCCUAUGAUGCAUGGCAGAGCAGUUCAUGGGGUAGAGGAAACCAGCAGCGAAGUCAAGCCACCCAAUGAGUGAAUGAGGCAGGAAGGGAGGGCCAGGUUUAGAAGGCAUAUUGUGAAUAAUCCCAAAGCUUCUUAGUUUUAUUUUGACAUACAUGAUUUUAUGGCCUGGGCUUUCCAAAUUUGUUUUCCUGUUUGAUUUGUUUUCCUGCUUUUGCUCAGAAACUGCCAUAUGCUGACAGAUGCACUCAGGGCAUGAACAGUGGCAUUGUAUUUGUAUACAGGUUCAAGUGUAAUACCUAACUAAAUCAUUUUUGCUUUUCUUUUAGAGUUCUGGUUGUGUCUCAUAUUUCAUUACUCCUUUUGGGCCAUUCUAAAUAGAUGCUUUAUGUGCUAAACAACUGAAACCAUUAUACCUAUUAGUUUGUGAAGUAAGCCUACAAUAUAGUAAAGAUAAUAAUAUCCAAGGUAUUUUUAACUGAUGGAAUAAAGUAAACUAAUGAUUCAGGAUUACUUGAGGUAAUGGCUGUGAGUUUUUGUAACAUUAAUUGUCAUGAGACAGGACACAUAUUUGUACGCUUUGGCAUUUACAUAGACUUCAGAUGUUAAAAAUCUUUUAAUGUUCUAAGUUUAAGCAGCAGAAGCUUAUUUAUUUUAUUUUAUUGAUUUACAUGGUAUUAAUUGAUUUAACCAUUAUUCCUAAAAGAAUUCUUUAGUGUUUGCCUUUCAACAAUGAUACGUUGUGUAUUUUUUAAUUGCCUAAGAGCAUAUAUACCAAACACUACAAACAAUUUUUAUUUACAGAAAAAUUAAACUUUUUACUAAAAACUGCACAUUACAUUUCUGGUGAAAUAUGCAUUCUGGGAAUAGCAUAUUUAAUAUAAUAGAAAAAGAAACAUUCUUAGGGUCUGCAUGUAGCUGUAGUCACUACAUUUUGCCUUUCAUAUAUUUAGUUUUAAAGCAUUAUACUUAAAAAACAUUUAUUAAUGUUGUUCAUUUAUUCAAAAUUUUAUUAGUUUUUUUCCUAAGAAAUUGUCCCAUUGCAUUAGCACUUACUGUGGUUUCAGGUUUUAUAUCUACCAAAGGACACAAAUUGAAUGGUAGAAUUUAAAACUGGUAUAAACAAAAUGCGAUUGUCUGUCAGAACCCAAAUAUUAAGAAAUAUAGGAAUCCAUCUAUGCAUGAAUCAUGUAAAAAUAUGUUGAUUAGUUUAAUUAAAAAUGUAACUGUGGCUCCAGUGAGACCACUUCAUCCAAAAGAAAAUUUUUUCCAACAAUGUUUGCUUUAGAAGCAAGAUAGAAAGGAAAAAGUAUUGGGUAGAUGUGUAUGGUAGGGACAGAGAGAAAUCACUCUUCUCCCAUUUCUGAAAGUAAUAGUCUUUGUUAAAUACAUGUUAUUUAUUCUGAGUUUGUUCUAAAUAAACUAUUACAAACUUCGGAUUUGAAAAAAAAUUCCACUCAAAUUGAGGAAUUUUAAAUGCCUUUGAGAUUAUAGUGUAGAUUUGCGGGGCCCAAAAACUUUUAAAUAAUUAAAAUUUUAAAAGGGCGCACAUUGUAUUAAUUGGGCUUGCUCUCAGUUAAUGCAAACUCUCAUUGCAAAUGGAUGUCAUGUUUCAUACCUUUUCAUCAGGAAAAAAGCAGCAAGCCUUCAGGUGUUCCAGUGAUGCCUGACCCAAUGAGCUGGACUUAUGCUGCUCUUUAUACUAAGAGGUGUUGCAUUGUAUGUGGGGACUGUGUGUGCACUGGCAUCUAAGACAGUGACCUCAAAAAUUUUAGCUUUGCACAAACCAUAGAGAACAAUAUUGGAUGAUUAUAUAAUCAGUUGUAACAUUCUGGCAGCUAAAUUGCUAUAAGAGUUUCUCCUUACAGAAGCUUAAAAUAUAAAACUUUGAAUAAUUUACUCAGAACAGUAUAACUUCUGACACACACAAAUGCUUACAUCUUUACUCAUAUGUUUUAUCUGUCUUUUGAUAUGUUGUCUGUCAGUUAGCUGUUUCUUAAGGUCAUGUUCAGCAGUUGGCUACUUAGAAAUCCUCUUUUGAGUUCCCGAAAAUAGUUGUCUAAUUAAAUGUUCCUACCGUAGGGUAAUAUAUAUAUCACUGUCAAGGAUUUGGUUGCCUGUUCUUUUAUACUAUGUCCAUUUGACAAUUUCCUUUCAGUUUAUUUUCAUUCCUGAUUUUGUUGUACAUACCCUUCCCUUUCUUUCUUGCCUUUGCUUCAUUCAUUCAUUGCCCUGCCUCUUUCCCCAUCCUCCAGCACAUCUACUCAGUGGUGCUGUGCUGUGUGUCAGAAAAUAAAGCAGGUGUAUUAUUGUAUAAUGAAUUUUGUAUACAUGUUAAUGAAAUGGUGAAGUCAGCUAAAGGAAUUCUGUUCAUAACAGUGUUUAUUAAUAUCAGGAGCUAUGUCCCAGGAAAAAAAGGGGGCGAAUGGCUACAGUUGUGAAUGGUUAACAUUGUUUAGAGCUGAAUUUUCUGUUCAUGUAAGCAUUUACCUGGAGUAUUAGAUCUGUUUGGUGGUGAGCAUCUCCUGUUUCCACUUCCUUUUCUCCUUGUGAACGAACAGUUUAUUGGUGCCAUGCUGAAGAGAAAGACAUUUAAGUGAUAACAUGAAUGAAGUCUUAAAAUAUAAAAUAUUUUUACUUCUCUAUAAAGACCACAUCGUGCAUCUUUUGUAACACUGUCUCUUGUCAUGAAAAACACUGAAAUAGCAUGUUAAAUAAUUGCCUAUACUUUAAUAUAAUCAGUUGGGGAAAACUGGCCUUUUCCUCCAACUGUGUGAUUGUUCCUUGAAAGGUAAAUUGCUAAUUUUAUAUUGUAUAAUUCUGUUCUUCACAAAAUAGGUUUCACUAUCCUAUAUUAAAAUUGUUGGUCAGAAAAUGAUCUGCUAUUCAAGUAAGUUUGCUUUACUUUUUUUCUUUGAAAACUAUUUUAACUUGCCUUAUUUAUUAUCAUAUUAACAAAUAAGCAGCUAAUACAGAUGAAAUUUUCAUUUUUUGACAGCUAUAACCUUGCAUAACUAAUCUUUAGUAUGGGAUGAUUUUGAUACUAUCUUUGGAGUUUUGCACUGGAUAUUAAAAAAAAUACUGGCACAAUGUAUUGGAAGAAAAUAAAUAUCUGAUUAAUUUUUAAUAUUUGGGGACAUUUUUAAAAUCAGUGUUCAAUUAGACUAAAAUAUUCUUUAUAUUUUUUAUUUACUUUUUAAAGAAAACAUCUGUUAAAGUAAUAAAAGUAAUCUUCAUUCCAAACUGAUGUUUGUGUGAAUUUACAUGUAUAUUUUCAUGAUGUAAUAGAGUUUCUUUGAGUUAAGGAGGAAAAAACAAUUAUCUGGAUCCAUAUAUUAAGUUAAAGGUGAUCCAGCCAGUGUAAGAAAAACCCAGUGUAUGAGCUAAAGGAAAAAAAAGAACCUUCUCCUUUAUAUUCUAAGAAGCUUUAAAAAAUAAUUCAGGGGAUGUUGGCGAUACCUGCUGCUCUGUCGGUCAUUGUCUCUAUAUGCAGUAAAAUUUUAUGAUCCCUUUAUAAUAUAAAAGUUCACAACAGUUCAAAACGUUUUUUUUCCUUGGACAUAAAAUAUUUAGAUGCUAUUAUAUUUUUGUUUUUAUUAUGGCUUAAUUAUAUGCUAUUAAACUCUAGGAUGUAUCUAAAUCUUUCCUUUGCUUUUCUCUCCCUCUCCUCCAAAGUAGGUAAAUCUGUACUCUCACAUACAAUGUAUUUAAUUUUUGGAGAAUUUAAUGCUAUAGUAAUUCAAGUGUGUGAUUUAUAAUAAUCAGACCACUUUGAUUUUUUAAGCUUCACAGUUUCCUUUUUCCACAGAUAAUUACAGAGAAAAUAAUUACCAAUUAAUUGAUAUAAGCACGCUGUCCUCUGCUGUAAAAAGUCUGAAUAGAUACUGUGUAUGUUUUUAUGUCCAUGAACUUGAGCUACUCGUGUGCAAUUAUGUGUAUGGGAAUGGAGUAGUGUUCAUGAUUUGUAUCUACAUCAUCAUAUGGAUGUAUAUUUAUUAAUAAAGUCAUUACUUUAAAACCAA